AUGUCAUCGAUUACUGGUACUAACGCAUUGGAUGGGACCAUGCAGAUAAUUGACUUGACGGGCGACGACGAUGGCAACAAAGAUGGCCAGGAAGAGCCCCAAUGGCGCCGUCUAGCCCAGAAGAGCAUUCGCGGUGCCCGUUGUUGUCUUUGCUGCGAAUACCUGAAGAAUUUGUCGCCAAUGGUAGCCACCUGUGGACAUCUCUUCUGUUUGAACUGCUUGCUGGGAUUAAUGGAAAAUGAUUCGCUGUGUCCCUUUUGCGGGAAAUACAUUGACGAGGAGUCCAUUUUUCCAAUAUAUCCCACGUACAAGGAUUAA